AUGGCCGCUCCGCCCGCUGUUCUCGCGAGACUUUGCGCCUACGCCUCGGCCGUCCCCGCGACGGGGCUGAAACCUCGCGAGUCUUCUAUCCUUCCCUUUUUUGCCUCUCUGGCCACGCCCCCUUUCCCUUGUGCGGGAGCCACGCGGCCAAUAAGGCCACGUUUGCCACGCCGCCUCGUAGCUGAUUGGUCGCUGCCCGGCGGGGGGUGUGGCUUGUGGCGGGGGGCGUGGCUUGUGGCGGGAAAGGCGGCAGUAAUGGCGGUUCCGGCGCUGCGGGCGGUGCUGCUGCUGUUGGCGGCGGUUGUUGGGGCUGCGGGCGAGCCGUGCCCCGAACCCACCAUCGUCCCUUCUUAUUACACCACCUCGGACGCUGUCAUCGCCUCCGAGAGCGUUUUUGUGGUGGAGAUCUCGCUCGCCUGCCGCAACGGCGCCCAGAACGUAGCGCUCUACGCCGAUGUCAAUGGAAAGCAGUUCCCGGUGACGCGCGGGCAGGACGUGGGGCGUUACCAGGUCUCGUGGAGCCUGGAGCACCGCAACGCCCACUCGGGCACCUACGAGGUUAAGUUCUUUGACGAGGAAUCCUACAGCGCUCUUCGCAAGGCCCAGCGCAACAACGAGGAUGUCUCGCGUAUCCGCCCUCUUUUCACCGUCAGUGUCGACCACCGGGGCGCUUGGACGGGGCCGUGGGUGUCGACGGAGGUGGUGGCGGCCGCCAUCGGCCUCGGCGUCUACUACUUGGCCUUCAGCACCAAGAGCGGCAUCCAGGCCUAAGCCCCCCAAAACCCAGCACCCCAAAACCCGGCACCCCAAAACCCGGCCCCCCAAAACAGCUCCUGAGAGGGGCACCCCAAAAACAGAGCCUUGAAACCGGGCGGCCCAAAAGCUUCUCUGAAAAAGGCGCGUGAAAAAUGGAACCCCAAAACUGGGCACCCCGAAACUGGUCCUGAAAUGGGUACUCCAGAAAUGGAACCUUGAAACAGGGCACCCCAAAGCCUCCUCUGCAGUGGGAACCCAAAAAGUGGGUGCCCUAAAACAGUGUCUGAAAAGGGGACCCCAAAACUGGGUGCUUUGAAACUGGGUGCCCUGAAACAGCCCCUGGAAGGGGGACCCCGAAAGUGGGUGCGCUGAAACAAUCCCUGAGGGGGGGAGCCCAAAACUGGGUGUUCUAAAACAGGGCACCUUAAUCAUAAGAACCCUAAAACAGCCCUUGGAAGGGGUACCCCAAAAAUGCCUCUCCUAAGUGACACGCCCCCAACCACCCCUUUGAAGGGACCCCGAGUCCUGUGGGUUCCAAGGUCCCCCCUUAAAUGUUGGGGUGUCCUGGGGUGGGACGGAAGGCUUGGCCCCCCCCCUCCUCAUGAGACCGGUUGAACCCCAAAACUGCAGCCCCCCCCAUUUUGGGGGUGCCCUCACCAUGCAGGGAGGCCGAAUUGGGGGGGGGGGGAAAUCCGUGAACCCCCAAAGUUGCGGGGGGGGUUGUCACUAA